GGGGGAAGAAAGUGCUGCUUUUGUCAAUGACGGGAGCGGCGGGGACACAAAACAAACUUCACCGAUAUUAAACCCGCAGUUUCGCCUUGAACCGAGAAGUUUCCACGGUGACCGAGAGGAACGAUAAAUACGAAGUGGUCUCACUGUACAGGCCUUGGAGAAGUUGUAAAUCAUGGUUGUCCGUUUGGUCUGUGUCUUUGUCAGUCUGAUGGUGGUUGUAAGUGCUGACCACUGUUUGAUCAUCAGUGAGAUCAAUGCUGACAACCCAAAACUGGACAUCACCGAGUUUGUAGAGUUGUACCACACCAGUGGACAGAGGGCAUCUCUAGAUGGCUACACCCUUGUGUUCUAUAAUGGGAAUGGAAAUAUAGCAUACAAGGUUUUGGACUUAAAGGGCUACAGCACAGACGACAGAGGAUUCUUCCUUGUGGGUUCUGUGGACAUGCUGCCCAAACCGGCUAUCCUCCUCCCUCCCAACACAGUCCAGAAUGGCCCAGAUGCAAUCGCUCUGUACCAUACAUCUGCUGCUCGCUAUAGUGAGAGGAUGAAUGCCACAGCUAUCGGGCUGGUGGACGCCGUUGUGUACAUGACCCGUCAUUCUGGGGGUGCAGAAGUCCUUGCUGACAUUAUGACACCAGGAGAACCAGCCUUUGUCGAGGAUGAGGGUGUGCACGAAGGGGAUGAGUCAAUCGAGAGGUGUUUGUUGUCUGAAGAUCAGUGGGGUUUCCAGGUGUCCUUGCCCUCACCAGGUCAGAGGAAUAACUGCACCGCGCCAUCCCCCCCAGCUACUGUUCCACUCAUUACUGAGCUGAAACUGGGCGGAGGGCAAGUGGAUGGGUUUGUGGAACUGUCGGAGGCCCCCACUGCAAGUCCUCUGGCGUUGGUGCUGGUGGAUGGGAAAACAGACCGUGUCAGCUUAAGUGUGGAUGUGAACAUCUCCAGGAAUGGGAGGGUCUCCAUCACCAUAGAAAAGAACUAUAUGAAAGGAGACCGGUCUGGAGCAGUUGCUGUUUACAGUGGCCGAGCCACAGACUUCCCCGUGGGUAGUCCGCUGAGCCAGAUACAGCCUCUGGAUGCAUUUGUGUUUGCUGGGCCAGGAAACAAGCCGAGUGCCAACCUCACAGAGACGCUCAUCCCUGGCAGGCAUCCCUACCAGCUCAGCAACAGUUUGAGAGAAGGAGGUUUUGAUCUCAGUCGCUGUGGGGUAGCCCCUUGGCCCAGAGAUCCUGGUGUCUUCUGGGAGGCCCCUCCAACUCCUGGGCAACCCAACCAGUGCCCGUGGCCAAAGAUUUGCCCUCACAGUAUUUUGAUUCCAGGAGGCACCGAUGCACCACCUCACCUCCCUCCAUGGGGUAACGGUGACUUUCUGAUCAACGAGCUGAACACUGACACACCUGGACCCGCUGAGGAUGGCGAGUACAUUGAGCUGUGGCACCCAUCAGGUCGUCGCGUCUCCCUGCAAGGCGUCUGGGUACUGUUGUUCAGCGCGCACAACAACAGGCCUUACCGGGAGAUCAGCCUCAGUGGGCAUUUCACCACGUCUAAGGGCUACUUUUUGUUGGGCAGUGACAGGCUUGUACCAGCACCAUCACUACGCCUUCCCCCCAACACUAUCCAGAACGGACCAGAUGCUGUGGCGCUUUACCGCAGCCCAUUUGGUUCACCGACGGCCAUGCAAAGGGGGAUCCCUACCCGUGGUCUGCUGGAUGCAGUGGUUUAUCGGCAGAGAGGAUCCGAUAAGGAGGCACAGGAGUUGAGUGAUGCUCUAACACCAGGACAGCUGCCCCUGUUGGAGGAUCCAGAGGUUCUGCCUGGUGAUGAGGCUCUCAGCCGCUGUGGAGGCCUGUAUCCAGCUGACCUGUCUGCUUUUUCAGUGGCUCCACCCACACCUUUGAGGGAGAACACCUGUCCCCGCCCACCUCCAGCCCCAGAGGGAGUGGUUAUCAGUGAAGUUGCUAGUUGCCACUGGACCAAUCACAGCCAGCAGAGGGCCUUUGUGGAGCUGCAGGGGCCUCCGCUGACGUCCCUGCGGGGUCUGGUUCUCGAUGUAUUUGACCAGGAGCAGAGUGGGACUGUCGUAGCGCUUCCUCUGACUGGAUCUAUUGAUCAGGAUGGAUUUUACAUCAUUGGAAAUGUCAGUGGAGCAGAUCAGACCUUCACAGAGGGCUCCACAGUGCCGUUAAGGGGAGCGGUGGUUCUGUGUUAUGACUUGUUCAGUGUCUGUAGAGCUGGUACUGCCCUGACCAACUCCAGCCUCAGAGACGUGCUUGUAUUCAGUGAAAGCCAACACCCUGCUGUCCUCUCUGUCCACCAUCAGAGGGAGACAAGUCAUUCCAGCUCUUAGGUCAGUGGAAGAUGGUCCUGUUUCACUCAGCCGGUGUUCAUGCUGUGAGGUGAGGAGCCCUUCUUCCUGGACGAGCUCUUCCCCCACACCACAUAGCACAAACCUUUGUCCAAGCUCCGCCUUCUCCAGUCACAUUGACGUCUGCCUGGAACUGCUGUCCAGUGACGGGCAAGCGCAGUCUGCAAAUUGCACCGGACUAAUCCAGGGGAAGAGAGUCGAUGUUGCUGAGUACCUGGAGCAGAGGUGUCACUGUGGAAUCUCUGCCUUGUACCUUCAAGGGGCCAACGUUUCCUGUGUGUCUGGAUGGCUGCGAGUGUGGGGGAGCAUCCAGGCGCUGUCAGCCCAUCAGAAGUCCCUCAUCAUCCAGACGUCCCACAUGCAUCCUUCACCUGCUGAGGGCAGCGUCUGCUCUGCUCCCAGCACCGACCGACACAUGAACACAGCGUCUGCUCUGGGAUUACAGAUCGGCUUAAUAAUAAUGGCGCUCCUGCUUCUGGGAUUAGGAGCUGCUUUAUUCACAUAUUUCUACAGGAGGAGGCAUCCUCUGGAUUAUUACACCAUGGAGUUGAGUGAACACGGAGAAGGACUGUCAGAUCUAUAAUCCAGGAUUUAGGUCGUCAUGUUUGCGUCUGUAAGUCCUUGUGUGUGUGCGCGGGAGGAUUUCUACAAAGCAAGAAAAAAAGACACCAGAAAUCAAACUGUAACUUGACCUACACAUGGAGUAUAUGGUUGCUAGGAAACAAAUGGAACCACAUGUGUUCUGUGUCUUUGGGCGAACAUAAAGAAAAAUAAGUUGUCUGUCAACAGUCUGUAACAGUGUGAUGUAGCAGGAGAGCUAAACCAAAACAACUUUUUUAGGUUCCUUAGGAGACCCUGAUACACAAUCAGGUUGCCCCCCCCCCCCAAAAAAAAAAAAUUACAAAUAAAAAUUGGCCUAGAUAUUCAAGCUGCCAUCCAAAAUUGAAAAAUAGAAAACUGCGUCAUACCUAGCAAUGGGGUCAACCUCGCUUCCUCACAUAGAUAAAAGUUUCUGUGCACUCCUUGCUCAGAUACUUCCUGGAUCACUCUUAUGUUAAGAUUCCUUGCUAGGAAUCUUAGGCUAAGUUGGAAGCUCUCUGAGAGUACUCUGAGAUGCUUUAAAUACAGGCCAUGGAAUAAAAAAUGAAAGCUCUUUAUAUGUCUUUUAAUGGUUUAAAUAAAACAACCCAUUUUGGAUGCCAUUUUGAGUAAUUGCCUUGAGGCCAGUUUUUAUUUUGGGAAAAUCCUGAUUGCAUUUUGAAGCCAUUUAAGGAACCUAAAAAAAAGUUUGUUUUGUUUGGUGGUCCUAGCUCACCUAAUAACUGUAUUUGGUGUGUGGUUAUAUUUCAUGGCACAUGUGACUUAAAUCAUCAAUUGAGUACCCACUGAGUGAAUCAAUAGUUGAAACACAAGUGAGUUUCAUAUGUACUCGUAUAUUAUACUUUUAAAGAAUGAGCCCCUACCAGUGUGGUGUUUGGUCUAAGGAAACUGUUGGUUCUAACUUUUUAAAGGAAUAAGGGGAAAUACUGAACGGGGUCAUAUUGUGCAAACGUCUGUUUUUAAAAUACUGUGUACACUUAUAUGUGCUUGAGAUUUCAUCUUAGAUUUCCUCGAUGUGCUACAAUCCUGUCUGCAUGUAGAAUCUAGCCUGCUAUAAGCAAAAUUUUGUCCACACCAGCUACUUUUUAGACGAGCAGUAACACAAGCCACAAAGUCCAUAUCUGGACUCCUGCUCAUACCUACCAAGUCCUUCUACACUCUUUGGCACAGCCACAUGUUCUGUUGGACACAGAGAAGUG